AUGUACCGCGCGCUGUACGCCUUCCAGUCGGCGGAGCCCAACGCGCUGGCCUUCGCCGCGGGCGAGACCUUCCUGGUGCUGGAGCGCAGCAGCGCGCACUGGUGGCUGGCGGCGCGGGCGCGCAGCGGCGAGACGGGCUACGUGCCGCCUGCCUACCUGCACCGUCUGCAGGGCGUAGAGCAGGAUGUCCUGCAGGCCAUUGAUCGGGCCAUCGAGGCCGUGCACAACACAGCCAUGCGGGACGGCGGCAAGUACAGCCUGGAGCAGCGCGGCGUCCUUCAGAAGCUGAUCCACCAUCGGAAAGAGACCCUGUCUCGUAAAGGCCUCUCGACCUCCAGUGCUGCCGUUAUGACUGCGUCCACCAGCGACCAUCAUUUGGAUGCUGCCGCUGCCAGGCAGCCCAAUGGGGUGUGUCGCACUGGGUUUGAACGGCAGCACAGCUUGCCCAGUUCUGAGCAUCUCGGGGCGGAUGGCGCCCUCUACCAGGUCCCGCCCCAGCCUCGCCGAGCAGCACCCACUACGCCACCCCCACCCGUGAAGCGCCGAGACCGCGAGGCCCUGAUGUCGGGGAACGGUGGCCGCAACACCACGCCCUCCGGCUGUAGCUCGGUGUCCAGUGGCUCCUCCGUGAACAGCACUUCCCUGGAUACGCUCUGCACCGGCUCCAGCCCCUCUGAGCUGGGCCUUGGCUGCUCCCCCACGCCCCCACCGGUGCCACGCAGAGCCACCCACGCUGCGUCCCAAGCCCUGCCCUCUUUCUCCAGGGCACCCGCCCCGGAGUCCCCUGCCGCGGAGGAGGAGGCGGUGGCGGUUUGUGCAACCCCGGCCACCGACGCCUUGGAGUCCUUGGGCUCUCUGAGUCUGGGGCCCGCAGAGGAGAAGGCAGAGGCCGAGGUUGCUGUGCCGAGGACCAUUGGGGCAGAGCUGAUGGAGCUUGUGCGGAGGAACACAGGCCUGAGCCACGAAUUGUGCCGCGUGGCCAUCGGCGUCGUGGUGGGUCACAUCCAGGCCUCGGUGCCAGCCAGCUCGUCUGUCAUGGAGCAGGUCCUUCUCUCGCUGGUAGAGGGCAAGGACAUGAGCACAGCGCUACCCUCUGGGCAGGUCUGCCAUGACCAGCAGAGGCUGGAAGUGAUCUUUGCGGACCUGGCCCGGAGGAAGGACGAUGCCCAGCAGCGCAGCUGGGCCCUGUAUGAGGAUGAGGGUGUCAUCCGAUGCUAUCUGGAAGAGCUGCUGCAUAUUCUGACCGAUGCGGAUCCUGAAGUUUGCAAGAAGAUGUGCAAGAGGAGUGAGUUCGAGUCUGUCCUGGCCUUGGUGGCCUAUUACCAAAUGGAACACCGAGCGUCGCUGCGCCUGCUGCUCCUCAAGUGCUUUGGGGCCAUGUGCGGCCUUGACGCGGCGAUCAUCUCCACACUCGUGUCGUCUGUGCUGCCUGUGGAGCUGGCACGGGACAUGCAGACAGACACACAGGACCAUCAGAAGCUCUGUUACUCUGCGCUCAUCCUGGCCAUGGUCUUCUCGAUGGGGGAGGCAGUGCCCUACGCGCACUACGAACACCUGGGCACGCCCUUCGCCCAGUUCCUGCUGAGCAUCGUUGAGGACGGGCUGCCCCUGGACACCAUGGAGCAGCUGCCGGACCUCUGCAUGAACCUGCUUUUGGCUCUCAACCUGCACCUGCCAGUACCUGACCAGAAUGUCAUCAUGGCCGCCCUGAGCCAACACUCCAACGUCAAGAUCUUCUCCGAGAAGCUGCUGCUGCUGCUCAACAGAGGAGACGACCCCGUGCGCAUCUUCAAACACGAGCCGCAGCCGCCGCACUCGGUGCUCAAGUUCCUGCAGGACGUGUUCAGCAGCCCCGCCACGGCUGCCAUCUUCUACCACACAGACAUGAUGGCGCUCAUCGACAUCACCGUGCGGCACAUCGCCGACCUCUCGCCCGGGGACAAGCUGCGCAUGGAGUACCUCUCCCUGAUGCAUGCCGUGGUCCGCUCCACGCCCUACCUGCAGCACCGCCAUCGGCUCUCGGACCUGCAGGCCACAUUGCGGCGCAUCCUGACUGAGGAGGAGACGUCGCCCCAGUGCCAGCUGGACCACAUGAUCGUUGAAGAGAUGUGCAAGGAGUUCCCAGUGCUUGGGGAGGCCCCCAGCUAGCACCUUCCUUCCCCGCUUCCCUGCACCUCUGCGACGGGUGCGGGGGACUCAGGGGCUUCACCCUUAGUGUUGCGCACUGACCUUGUGAGGGGCUAAGUGGGUCGGCCCAACGCAAGAGGCCAAGUGUGGGCUUGGGGACCACGGUCUGGGAAGUACACCGGGGCGGGAGGAAUAUACAAGCAGAAGCCCCUCUGACCCUGGUAAUCUGCCUUUUCAGCAUGCCUCACCUCUGCCUCACACCCCCUGCACACUCAGAGUCCUGCUGCUGCUCCAGGCUGGGCCAGAGCCCCAUCCCCGCCCGCCUGGCCAGUGCCCUGGGCCUCUGCAAGCCAUGUUCUUGGGGUGAGGGGAGGCGCUGCCCACCAGCUCUGCUCUUUGCCUUAGCUUUGCAGUGAGUGUUGCUCAUAUGCUCCCUCAAACCCCCUGGGGUCACUGCCCCUUGCUGUCAGCCCAGGAGGCCUUGGCCACGCUGCUGCUGUGAAAGUGGAAGAUGCCCAAGGGUGUCCAGGAGACAUGCCAUCCAUUCUGGAGCUUCCGGGAACAGGAUGGUGAUGCUGAGAAAGCCAGUGACAGAAUCUAUUUUCUCUAAAAACGUAGACUGAAAAGUCAUGUGUAUUUUCCUAUGUGCUAUAGCUCAACUUUGGAAAUAAAUCAAAGGCGUCAGGAA